CAUGUCGCUGCGUCGCAGCAGCUGCUCCUCCACGUGAGCGGAAGUGCGUCAUCGGUCCGUGAGACCAGAGGACUGUCGAGCUCACGAUGGCGUUCCGGCUGCUCGCGCGGAGAGUUUCUCGUUUCUCCAUGAAGGAUGUUCGUGUCCUCAUUCUCCCUAGCAGCAGCUCCAGCAGGUCCUCGAUCUCCUCCUGUUUUCGCACUGCACCGCCGCUCAUCUCACGCUCAAUCCCGCGACUCCCAUACAUCACCAGCAGAAGUGUGUCAUUCAAUGUGCAGGAUCACGACGACUUUACCGAGAGGGUGAUCAACAGUGAGCUGCCAGUGCUCAUCGACUUCCACGCGCAAUGGUGUGGUCCCUGUAAAAUCCUCGGCCCACGGCUGGAAAAGGCCAUCGCCAAACAGAAGGGUCGAGUCGCCAUGGCCAAAGUAGACAUCGAUGAACACACAGACCUCGCCAUCGAGUAUGGGGUGUCAGCGGUUCCCACGGUGAUUGCCAUGAGGGGCGGUGAUGUCAUCGACCAGUUUGUGGGCAUCAAAGAUGAAGACCAGUUGGAUACUUUUGUGCAGAAGCUGAUUGGCCAGUGAAGCUGUGAGUCUCCGCCCACCUGCAGCUCCGCCCACCCGCCACUCAAACUCCAUCACACGCAAUGAGACACGGAAAUCUUCACCCAGGAACGGCUACACUUCAUUAUGUCUGUGUGUGUGCGUGCAUUUGUGUGUGUGUGUGUGUGUGUGUGUGUAUUUGUAUUUGUGUGUGUGUGUAUUUGUGUGUGUGUGUGUGUGUAUGUGUGUGUGUGUGUGUGUGUGUGUGUGUGUGUUUAGAGCAGGUAUGCCCAAACUCAGUCCUGGAGGGCCGGUGACCUGCAGAGAUUAGUUCCAGUCCCAAUCAGACACACCUGGGCUAGCUAAUCAAGCUCUUACUAGGCUUUCUAGAAACAUCCUUGCAGGUGUGUUAAGGCAAGCUGGAGCUAAAAUCUGCAAGACACCGGCCCUCCAGGACUGAGUUAGGACACCUCUGGUUUAGAGCGUCUGGAGCAGAUGUUUACUGCAGUACAGAUGUACGAAAUGUUCAUCCGGUCCACAAGAGGGCGACUUCUCUCUGUUUUACACCCGAAUGCCUACUAAUGUGAAAGUGUGUGUUUGUUUCCGUUUGCUUUUUCUUUCUUUUCUUUUUUCCUUUUCUUUUUAUUCAGUCUGACUGUGAAUUUCGAGCAGGAUGCAUGGGAUUGAUAAACUGUAAUAUAUCAAAACUAGACAACUUGAACUAUAAAUAAAGCAACUGUAUGAUAUUUAACUCACA